AAAUGCCUUCUCUCUCUCUCUUUCACCUCAACAAACCCCAACUUACAAGGAAUCAAAAUUCAAUUAAAAACAAGCAAACCUUCUCAACUCCCAUUAAUGCCUUUUCUUGACACCAUCACUCUUCCGAUCGUUCUUCCCCCCUUCGCCGCCCACUCCACUUCAUCACUCACCUCCGUCCACGGCGGCUCACGAACGCCCGCAUUCUCCAUGCUGAAAUUCUGGCUUGCUGCUCAAGAAAACACUCAUUUGAUUCAUGGGAAGGAGAUGGUACGAUUCUAUCAUCUGGGUGGUGUUCUUUUGUUUAUUGAUGUUGAUUUCAUGCUCUGUUUCGUUUAAAGAUGCCGAUUCUCUUGGUGGGUUUGUUCAUAAAUAUACGAAUAAUUCUCUGUCAAAACCUAGAACAGGGGUUGUCUAUAACAUCACUCUGCCAUCAAAAUUUUCCGGGAUUGAGGUUUCUUAUGUUAGAUUGAUGAGUAUUAGUUUCUGGGUUAGUGGAGAAAAUUUGAGUUGGAUAUCCAUUCCGCCAAGAAUCACUCCAAUCCCUUUUGUAAAGAGAAUAGCCAUAGUUUUUGAGAAUUUGGGGAAUUGGUCUUCAAGUUUGUAUCAAGUUCCUGGCUAUACUCUUGUUGCCCCUGUUCUUGGCUUCACUUUUUAUGAUUCCACUUCAAAUUCCAGCACAUUAACCAAUCGAAAACUGAAUUUGUUCUUCAUGGGAAGAAAACCCAUUUUGAUGAGGUUUCCUGAAGUGAAAUUGGGAGAAAUGGAUGUGAAGAAGAAUCUACAAUGUGUGAAAUUUGGAGAUGGUGGGGGUUUUGAAUUGAAGAACAUGACAAAGCCAAGGUUGUGUUCUGUCACUGAUUAUGGCCAUUUUUCUCUUGUUGUUCCAAAUUCUUCAAUGGAGAAGAAGAAGAAGAAGAAGGUGUGGGAAUGGUGGGUGGUUGGGUUUGGAUGUGUUCUGGUUGGGUUAGCUUUGGUGGGUUUAGUUUUAAUGGCGGUUUUGAGGUUAGUGAGGAGGAAGAACAUUAAGGAUAUGGAGAAGGUGUCUGACAGAGGAGAGUGUUUUGAUACUGUUUGGAUCGGAAAAAGUAGACUGCCUUCUGCUUCAAUGGUAAGAACACAACCAACUCUUGAAAAUAGUUACAUUCCUUGAUUCUUUUUCUUCUUUGACCGUGUAAUGAGACAACGAACGUUUAAACGAACGAUAUAAUCGGUAGAAUUUUUUACUCUUGAAGUGUAGAGUUUUUGAAAAGAUUCAUUUAUUAGCUUCUCUAGGACAUAUUAAAAGAGAAAUGAAUACUACUUUGAUGAUCUCAUG